GGCGCAGUCCCGAACACUGGGAGAAGAGGCCAAAUGUCGUACACUAAACUGGUGGUGCUGUCGGCCGGAGCUUCGGGACUCCUGGGGCUCCUGGGUGUGAGGAGGAGCGGCGGCCCGGUGCUGGCGGCCUCCGACGGGAAGAAGAAACUCUCUCCCCCGGGCAUGAGUCUGGAGGAGGCAAGUCUCCACACUGUCCCAUUGCCGUCUCUGUACUGUCGUCCUGAGGAGCUCCACAGCUCAGAGCCUGAGUCCGGCGCCGUCGAGGAGAAAGUGUCUCUGCUCAGGAACUGGAUGCAGCCGUACACCGACCAGUGCCAAAAAACAGGUGAGGCGGCGUUGGACAAAGUGGAGAGCGUCUAUAAACGAGUGGAGCCAAAGAUCAACGCUUCAGUCACGACCGUCACAGACGUGUACAGGUUCCUGAGUGAUCCGCCCUCCAACUUCUACCCCAGUGUGGCAGUGAUCGGCUUCUCUGGGUUUUUAGGACUUUAUCUCGCCAAAGGGUCCAGACUGCGGCGGGUGGUCUUCCCCGUCGUCCUCGUGGGUUUCAGCUCCUCCGUGUUUUACCCACAACAAGCGUCAGCUCUGCUCCAGGUGAGUGCAGAUCAGGUGUGUGGUUUGUUCGAUCGGAGCAGAGUCGCUGUGGAAAACGUGUGGAAAGAUCCUCCCCUCGGCAAAAAGUCUGCAGAUGCAGAUGGAGACUCCAGGGGGAACAGCACGUCCAGCUGAAACUCAAACAUUUUAAACAUACAGUUUGUUUUUUUGUUUUGUUACAGUUUGUCCCUGAACACAUCGUACACACAUCAGACUCGGGUCAGACUCGGGUCAGACUCGGGUCAGACUCGGGUCAGACUAGACUCGGGUCUGACUCGGGUCUGAUUCAGUCAGUUUCACUUUUCCAGAGUUUCAGCUUCGCUCCAAAACAAAAACGAACAACAAAGCAAAAUAUAAACCACAAGACACAAACAACCACAACAUUAUGACCUGGAU